AUGCCACCACCGACCCUCACCACCAGUCCACUCCUCAACCUCACCCCCGCUCCCCUCACCCCAGAGGCCUUCUCCGAUUUCGGCACAGCCAUAUCAUCUCCUCUAGCUCGCAAUAUCACCACUCCUCCACCAGAGAGUACCCUGAAAACGCUAUCGCCAGUCCCCGUCCUCGCCAACCAAUCCUCCGCCCUGAAGUACAGCCCGAUCGGUCCAAUGACUGAUAAUUACUCCACCGCUCCGAGCGGCCAGCCCUCUUCCGCCCGCAUGACGAUGUUCUCGUGCUUUCCGCGCAAACUCCGCACUGUCGCCCAUAAGAACGUGAAUGUGUUUGAUGUGCGCAUUCUGGAAAGACAUCCCUACACUACGCAAACUUUCACCCCGAUUGAUUUGUCGAGUCAGGUGAAGACAACAGGCGCGGGAGGUGAGGUGGAGGAGGAGCCGUUCUACUUGGUUAUUGUGGCGCCAUCAUUGAAGGGCACUACGGCUACUGCGAGGACGGACGAUGGGAAGACUGUAACUGUGGUUGAUCCGCCGGAUUUGAGUCGCUUGAGGGCCUUUGUGGCUAGAGGUGGCCAGGCUGUUACAUAUGGUGCGGGAACGUGGCAUGCGCCUAUGGUGGUUAUUGGGAAGAGGAGGGUGGAUUUUGUGGUGGUGCAGUUUAUGAAUGGGGUUGGGGAUGAGGAUUGUCAGGAGGUGAGGUUUGGGGAGGGCAUCGCUGUAGAAGUAUCGGGCGAGGGAACUAAGAAGGCUCUGGCGAAGCUAUGA